CCGCAUUGGUUCAUGUCGUUCAGGUUGCGGGUUUUCUUGUUACUUUUACCCUUCAUCCAUGCGGCCACACUCCCUCCUGAAUUCGCAGACCCUCCGUCUCUCCAAGUUGAUCAUGUCAACCCUCUCAUAGGGAAUGGUGGCGACACGCCGAAUGGCUCAGGCGGCAUGAUUCCUUCUACCGCGCCACCCUUCGCCAUGACGCGCUGGGUCGCUCAGACGCGCGAGAACUACGUGUCUAUGACCCCGUACAACUCAACGGACAGCUCGAUUCAUGGGUUCCAGGGUACGCAUCAGCCUGCCAUCUGGAUGGGCGAGAGCGGGAAUGUGGUCGUUGUGCCGGGCUCGGGGGAUGUGAAGUCUCAAUUCAAGGAUCGUGGAAUGGAGUUCAUCGAGCGGGAAGCACGAGAAGUGCUCAGUCCGAGCUAUUACGCCGCUGAUCUGGACUUGAAUGGGGGGACAUUGAAGGCGGAACAAAGCGCAACCUCGCGUGUCGGUCAUCUACGAUUCACUCUCGACAGCAAGACUGCGCGAGAUCCAUACGUCCUCAUCGAGGCGUCGCGUCCGUCCAUCAUCACCUCCACACCCACGAAUGUGACCUACCCAGAGGGUCAGGCGCAAGUCGAUGCUUCGCGUCGCCAGAUUACAGGCUACAAUGCUGAGCGCCAGGACUGGAUUAUCGACCCGGUUUCUAUUCACGAGGCCGCUAGCGGAUUCAAGGGCUACUUCUGCGCGCGCUUCGAUCGCGACUUCGCCUCCUACGGUCUGUUGCAGAACGGUACUACGCUACCGGCGGACACCGUGCAGGUCCAAGGACCUCUCGUCUCCGCAUACGCGCGCUUUGCGCCGGAGGAUAGCGACAAUGGCAGCCUGACAGUGAAUGUCCGCGUCGGCGUGUCAUUCAUCUCGACGGAGCAGGCAUGCAAGAAUGUCGACAACGAGAUCCCAGACGGUACGACUCUGGAAGAUACUGCGCGCAAGACGCGGUCUGCUUGGGCUGAGAAGCUGGGAAGGAUCGACGUGGAGGGGGCGAAGAGCGAUGAUGAUCUGGCCGUCUUCUACACGGCGGCAUUCCAUGCUCUGCAGUAUCCAUACGAGCAAGACGAGGACGGCAAGUACUACUCUGGUUACGACAAUAGCGUGCAUGAGGGCGUCUCGUACGAUGGCUACUCUAUUUGGGACAUGUAUCGCGCUCAAUGGGCAUGGCUCAUCCUUAUGGCUCCGGAGCGUGUACCGGGCAUGAUCACCAGCAUGCUCCAGGACUACCGCGAAGGUGGCUGGCUCCCAAUGUGGAAGAACAUAGUUGAAACGAACAUCAUGAUCGCCACUCACGCGGACUCUAUGGUUGCGGAAGCAGUUGCGAAAGGCGUGAAGGACUUUGAUCUGGAUCUGGCAUGGGAAGCGGUGCUGAAGGACGGGACAGUCCCACCAGUGAACGACUACAAUACAAAAUAUGAUGAUCGUCAGGAAAAUGUUGACUAUGAAGUGCGUGCCGGACUGUCGACUGUCUACGCAGACAAAGGAUGGGUCGCCGAUGACAUACACUCGGAGAGCGCAUCACGCACGCUAGGCUAUGCUUACGACGAUUACGCCAUCUACAUCCUCGCAAAAGCGUUGGGCAAACCGGAGAACACGACUGACUUCUUCUAUAACCGGGCGAUCAGCUCAUCGCUCGUGCUCUUCAAUGACGAAACAAGCUAUAUGGAAGCCAAGAAUGCGGAUGGCACCUGGGCCGGCGAAGAGAAUGGGUGGACCGAGGGCGAUAAAUGGGUGUACAGUUUCGACGUCGCACAUAACAUACCUGGCCUCAUCGAGAAGCGAGGAGGCAAGGCUGCCUUCGUGAAAAGCCUGGAUGAGUUCUGGGACAGUGGGCAUGCUGAUUUUGGUAACGAGCCCGCCCAUCACGUACCUUACCUAUACGCGCUCGCGGGACCGGAAUACGCGUACAAAUCGCAGGAGCGAGUACGCCUGGUCGCGCGGGAGAACUACAACAACACGGACCGCGGUCUCAGCGGGAACGAAGAUUGCGGGCAGAUGAGCGCGUGGUACAUCUUUAGCGCCCUGGGCUUCUACCCUGUCGACCCCGUUUCGGCCGAAUACGUCGUCGGCUCACCCUUUUUCGACAAGGUUACGAUUCGUCUGCCCUCAGCGUCCGAGCCCGCCUCAAACAGGACGCUCGUGGUUGUGGCCGAGGGCGCUGCGGACAAGCCCUAUGUCAAAUCCAUCCUCGUGGAUGGCGAAGCAGUUCCUCGGAGGGCGCUUGACCUCACCGGUGGUGAAUUCACCAUCAAGCACCCUUGGGUCGCUGGCGGUGCUACCAUUGUCUUCGAGAUGUCAGAGCAGCCACAGGGGCGCGGGGAGAACGCGACCGGGCGGGACGAGAGUGAGCUGUAAGCCUAGUGUAACUGGGGAGGUGCUGAUAUCGACUUUCGAGGUAUGGAGCAGAAGCUAUGGAAGGGUGUACGAUACGUGAUGCGACUGUUUAGCUUCCUCGGACUGUGAGCUAUACGAGAAAGUGCGCGCUUUGCGUUGUCUGAAGGGUACGAAAGCGGGCAAUAUGUGUUCGUAUUGAUUGGCCGGCCGCGAAUUGAGGACCGCUCCG